CGGUAUUAAACAUUGAACAGUGAACACUCGAAUGCGGGACGUACGUCGUGGUAUCCCAUCAACCCCGCCGACAUGUUUUCAUUUCGUGAUAAUAAUAUUCUCUAUAUAGCUGCUGUUGUAUACUGAAUGGUGAAUUGUGAUUAUUCGUGAAUAAUAGCAACCACCAGUCUAGACGUACAGGCUAUAGUCGAUUAUAGUGCAUUAUUGCAGGUACUACGUCUGUACUUUUGUAGUCGUCUACUCGUCUAACACCGACCAACGCGCGCGACGUUAUUGAUAAUAAUAAUUUUAAACUACUAUUUAAAAACAACGAACACACGUCAUAGCACAUACGCACACACAUCGGAACCGUGCGGUACAUACUCGGCGUUCAUUUGGUCAUCACUCCUAUUUUAGCGCAAUAUUACUAUGUCUGUGUUACCGCGGAGAAUACUCAAGGAGACCCAACGUCUGAUGCAGGAACCCGUGCCCGGCAUUAGUGCCAAGCCGGACGAAGGCAAUGCCAGGUAUUUUCAUGUCAAAGUCACAGGACCCGAAGACUCUCCAUUUGAAGGGGGCCUAUUCAAGUUGGAACUAUUUUUGCCCGAAGACUAUCCAAUGUCAGCGCCAAAAGUCCGUUUCAUCACUAAAAUUUAUCAUCCAAAUAUUGAUAGACUUGGAAGAAUAUGUUUGGACAUACUUAAGGACAAAUGGUCACCAGCAUUACAGAUACGUACCGUUCUUUUGUCCAUACAAGCGUUGUUGAGCGCACCCAAUCCAGACGAUCCGUUAGCAAAUGAUGUAGCUGAACAAUGGAAAGUCAAUGAAAUCGAAGCCAUACGCAACGCUAAAGAAUGGACACGCUUGUAUGCCACAGAAAACUGAAGAGUACGCUUUAAGUGAGGAGUAUAAAAAUAAAGUUAAAAGUUAAUAAUUAUAAUAAUAUAAAAUAUUCUGAAUGAAAACCAUUCUAAAUCGAGCAAUAUACUUUAUAUAUUUUUUUCCAACAGUUGUCUUUUAACUAAUGGAAAUUUAAGAAUUAUAGAAAAUGGUAACGAUGGAAUAUAAUUGUUAACAUAUUGUUGUUCCCUCAAAUUGUAUUAUUAUGCCUUUGGUAUGUAAUCACAAUGAUAACUUAAAAGGGUAGGAUGUCUUACUAGCCUAUUCUACUGAAUGAAAUAUAGAACUGUUAAGUCAUCAGUGAAUACUAGUAAUAUACUUAUAUAUAUAUAUAUGUAAAACAUGUAUUUUCAUUUUAAUGUUGUAAUGCUUUUCAUCAGUUAUA